AUGGAUCAAUGGCAGGGCUAUUCCGACACCGCCGGCGGUCCUCGACGAUUCAACGGCGGUAAUCAAAUGACUCCAGGAAGGGAAUAUGGCCAGCAAACUACCCAAGUCCAGCCGCCCGUCGGAUUUAAGUACGAUCAAUACCAAGGUGCGCUGAAUUCGCAUGCUUCGCAACAGAGCGCGACAUCACCCGUCACCACCCCGCAGCUUCGCGAUGGAAACGGCGAUGUCCCUAUGCAGGACGUUCAUGAUCCUUACGGAAGCAUGAAGUAUCCCAUGCGACCACAUCAUCAGUCGCAUCUGUCCGGCGGCCGGGCUGCAAACCUUCAUUCGCCUUCCGAGCCCUCUUCCGCCGCCCAGCGGUACUCGCCUAUGGAAGUACUAUCGCCAACGUCACCAUAUGCACCCAAGUCGGCAACAAAUCAGGGUCAAUUUUCAGCGCCCCAUACCCAGCGCCAGUCUCCUACUCGAGGCGAUUACCAGCCUCAGAGCUCAUAUUAUUCCCGACAGAAUUCUCAGCUUCCCCCUAUCACGCCAUACGCCAAUUCUCAAGAGAAUUACCCGUCGUCCGCUGUCUCGGCCUUGGAUGGUGCCUUUGCUAAUGAUCCAAAAUCACCGAGGCGAGCGCUCCAGCCCGCCGCGAACGUGCCCAUGGAGAAACGACCGGUGCCUCAGUUCAAGAAGAUAAGCGCCGUCACGGAUUUGCGGCCCAAGGUUAACUCUCAGCCGCCGUUUCGUCGCGCAAAUCCAGAGGGAGGCUUUAUAAGUCCCCUUCAAGCUCUUACCGUGCACCUACCCGCCACGUAUCGCAUAUGCAAUCCGAACUUCAAAUAUGAGUCUUCUCGUAAUCCCCGCAGGGUGCUUACCAAGCCGAGCAAAGGGACGAAGAACGAUGGAUAUGAUAACGAAGAUAGCGACUAUAUUCUAUAUGUCAAUGACAUUCUAGGUUCGGAGGAAGCCGGUCACAAGAACCGUUAUCUCAUAUUAGAUGUUCUCGGACAAGGUACCUUCGGUCAGGUUGUAAAGUGCCAGAACCUGAAGACCCAGGAGGUUGUCGCUGUCAAGGUCAUCAAGAACAGAACAGCGUAUUUCAACCAGAGCAUGAUGGAAGUAUCUGUCCUAGACUUGUUAAACACAAAGCUCGACAAGAACGAUGAUCAUCAUUUACUCCGACUUAAGGAUACAUUUAUCCACCGACAGCAUCUUUGCCUAGUAUUCGAAUUACUAAGCGUGAACCUUUACGAGCUAAUCAAGCAGAAUCAGUUCCGAGGUCUCAGUACGACACUCGUGCGAGUAUUUGCGCAGCAGCUUCUAAACGGAUUGGCUCUCCUGAACAAGGCGCGACUGAUACACUGCGAUUUGAAGCCGGAAAACAUCCUAUUGAAGAACCUCGAGAGCCCGAUCAUCAAGAUUAUAGAUUUUGGAUCGGCUUGCGAUGAGCGGCAGACGGUGUACACGUACAUCCAGUCCCGGUUCUACCGAUCUCCCGAAGUAUUAUUAGGUCUACCCUAUUCUUCGGCCAUCGACAUGUGGUCACUCGGCUGUAUUGUAGUCGAGCUGUUCUUGGGAUUGCCGCUGUUCCCAGGCUCGUCCGAGUACAACCAGGUCUCGAGAAUUGUCGAGAUGCUUGGGAACCCCCCAAACUGGAUGAUCGAGGUAGGCAAGCAGGCUGGCGACUUCUUCGAGAAGAGGCAGGAUGAGUUCGGUAGGAAGACAUACCAUCUCAAGAGUAUGGAACAAUACUCUCGAGAGCGCGGAACAAAAGAACAACCUAGCAAGAAGUACUUCCAAGCGAGUACCCUGCCCGACAUUAUCAAGUCAUACCCAAUGCCGCGCAAGAACAUGAAACAGAGCGAAAUUGAUCGAGAAAUGAACAACCGAGUUGCCUUCAUCGAUUUCGUUCGAGGCUUGUUAACUAUCAGCCCCUUAGAGAGAUGGUCACCCCAACAAGCUAAACUACACCCUUUCAUAACCCAGCAGAAGUUUACCGGACCCUUUGUUCCUCCGAUGAAUCUGAAGUCCAGCUCGCUCAACCGCUCUCCGGCUCCUGGAACUCAGCAGCAACAACAGGCAGCCGAACUCAGCAAGCAAAGAGCACAGCAAGCGCAAGCUCAGGCUCAAGCAGCUGCCCAAGGAGCUUAUGCGAUGCAGCCCGCCCAGUAUCCAGCUGCUCCGCACGCCCAACCUUCGUUGUACGGGGGCAAUGGUCUGUAUACUCCUGGAGGCAGCCAUACCGGCGCCCCGCCGCCUUACUCCGCUCAACAGUCUCCUUACGGCCAAAUGGUCAUGGGACAACCACCCGCGCAAAUGCCGCCGGCAAACUACGGUGUUCCGCAGCCGAAUUUGUAUCAGCAAGCUACGGUCCGAGCAGGCCGUCAACGCGCGUCAACGAUGGAUCAACAACAGAGCGGUAUUCCGGCCGCUAUUCAGCGAGUCGCUAGCCACUUAGAUCCUAGCCAGCCUAUCAGACUACAACCAAGUCCCGCAUACUACCCGCCGCCUGCCGACGGCAUGGGUCUGACAGAUCCCGGAGCAGGUAGGGUAGCUGGUAGAAGAGAUAGUAGAGCGCAAAGAGGGGGUGCCAGAGGCAACCGAGAUUUCAUUCGUAAUCUGGAGGAGAGGACUCUCGAAGAGGGAUUCAUGGGAGCUGGGAAUCAAAGUCCGUGGGCUUGA